CAUCUCCUCCCUCCGCUCCCUUUUUACUCCACAAGCCAGAGCGACGCGGCUGUCGGAGAAAUCGGGAGACACAAUAGACCGUAUUUGUGGGGCAUCAUGAUGUUGGAAUUUUUUUCCGUAAGCAAACAGUGAAGUAGCUCAUGUGGACGAUCCAUAUAGGCGCUUCUGUUGAGUCACACCCGAGCCGGAGGUUUCGCUGGAUUUAAAUGUUGCCAACCGAGAUUUCAGGAGGAGUGUGUUUCACCUCAAGCGAUCACACUGAGGGAAGGAGAGAAGGAAUGAAAACUGAAGAGAACCAGCAGUCCUGUUUGCAACAGCCUCCGUCCUCUACGCCUUUUGGUCCAGAUUUCAGAGGAGGAGGAGAAGUGUGCGCGGGCUGCGAGUCUCCCAUCGCCGACCGCUUCCUGUUGCGCGUGAACGAGCGGUCCUGGCACGAGACCUGCGUCAAGUGCGCCGUCUGCCUGAGCGCACUCACCGGGACCUGUUACUGCAGGGACCGUCUGCUGUACUGCAAGCAUGACUAUGAAAAGCUCUUUAUAAGGAAGUGCAGCGCUUGCCUGCAGGUCAUUGGACGCUCUGAGCUGAUAAUGCGUGUGCUGGGCCAGGUAUACCACCUGGGCUGCUUCAGCUGCUGCGAGUGUGAACGCCGACUGCAGAGAGGUGAUGAGUUUGUGUUGAAAGAAGGCCAGCUGCUCUGCCGCAUGGACUAUGAAAAGGAGAGGGAAAUGCUUGCUGCUAUUAGUCCUGCUCCAACUGAAUCAGUGAAAAGUGAGGAUGAAGAUGGUGGUGGAGGAUCUGGCAGUGGGAAAGGUGGUGAUGAAGGCAAAGAGCACAAGCGUUCAAAACGACCACGCACCAUCUUGACCACACAGCAGCGGCGAGCUUUCAAGGCCUCUUUUGAAGUAUCGGCCAAGCCAUGCCGAAAGGUGAGGGAAACACUGGCAGCAGAGACUGGCCUGACAGUGCGAGUUGUACAGGUGUGGUUUCAAAACCAAAGAGCUAAGAUGAAAAAGAUAGCUCGCAGACAGCAGCAACAGCAGCAGCAGCAGCAGGAACAAGAACAACUGGGAGGGACCAGGAGAGGGCCUAGCAGAGGGGGCCGUCAAAGCAAUGAUGACAGUGAGGAUGGAUCUAGUACCCAUGGAAUGGAUAGCAUUCUAGGAUAUCCGUCUUUGCCACGUCAGCAGCUACUUUCUCUGGACCCCAACAUUUACAGUGGAGAGCCAUUUCGACAUGGUCUGACACCUCCUCAACUAAACAGUGAGCAGAUCCACUCCUAUGACUCAGAGACGGUCUUCCAUGACUUGGACAGUGAUGGAAGCCUCAGUCACCUUGGUGACUGUCUCUUGGCAACAGGAGAAGCCGGUCUCCUGGCAGGACGAGUAGGAAACCCCAUCGACCGUCUGUACUCCAUGCAGAACUCGUACUUCACCUCCUGACGCUUAAAAACUCUCAUCUUUACCCCACCUGUUCCACCUUUCACCCCUGAGAAGCAACCUGCCUAUGGGACUAUUUUCAAUUAAACUGGCUACAGCCAAUCAUAUUCCUGAGCUUUUAUUGCUGGAAAACAUCUUCACAAGUCAAGACGGUCAUAACAUCACUCUGCUGAUUAGCAUAAUGUCCUCUCGUGCUUUCCUGAAUAAGAAUCAUAUGCUGGAACUACAGGCACUGUAAAUUUCCAUGAUAAUGGCCUUCUAUUUUUUCCAUCAUAUUUAUGCCAUACUCAGUGAGAAUAUUUCACUUCACUUUCAAACUGAAAGACAAUAACCACACAUCGAUCAUUACAUAUAAAUAAGUUACAGAAUUUUAAUGAAUCAAGUCAAGUUAAAUGUAUGUAGGAGUUGUGGUAGUUUUAAACAUUUGGGGUUCUAAAUGCUAUUAGUACAUUGGUGAACUUUCUUUGUUCUAUCUGGAUUAAUUUUUAUCGGUGUGUGUGGCUGGCUGCAACAUAUACAAGAGUAUAUGUAUGGGACUACAGUUUUGCUCUCAGG